CUCGCCCCCUUCCUUCUCCUCUCCCGGAGGCGAGAAUGGCAGGGCCGGGCGAGAACCUGGGUCACCGGUGGCCCUAGCUCUGCUCCCCCCACCCCUCCUGCGGGGAGAGGAAGCGGGCUGCUCGCGGACGAUGUGGUCAGGGCCGCUCCCCAGAGCGUCUCCUGCCCGGGUCCCAGCUGCCGUUCUCUGCUCGCUCCAACCCACCGAGAGGGGCUGAUGCUGCUAUCGCCGCCGCCGCCUCCGAAGCCGCGGCCGAUGGAUGCCGGGGAGGGCCGCCUUGCUUAGCGUCCCCGCCUCCGGGUUUGCUGACGCUCUCUCCCCCGCCCUGAGCUCCGCGCUGAAGAGCCGCCUUAUUAUUAAUCAGAAUUUCCAUCGUUAUCCCUGGCAGGAGCAUCCUUCAGUAGGGACCGCAGAAGCAUCACAGUGCUGGGGCUGAGAUGUGCAUGGGGGCUGUUUCUGUUACAUCUCGGAAGAGAAGAGGACAGCACCAAGAUCAGCCCCACCUGUGCGGGGUGCAGUUAGGGGUGUUUUGUUAGCAGAGAGAAAGGACUAGAAGAGGAGUGCUGGGCCGCCAGAGGUCCACAUCUCUUUAAAGGAAAGGGACAAGGGAACUAAAGUGGGACGUUGUUUUUAGGUGGUGGGCAAAGAAGUUUAUAUCCUUCAUAGAAAAGGUGUGGGGAAGCAGGAGCAACAGGGUACUUGACUGGACACCAAGACAAAUCGUUUCCUGUAAAGAAGAGAAAGCAGGCAGCAGCGAGGUCUGGAGGCCGGCGUGUGGCAGUGACCAGGGCCAGCGGUGCGGUGGGACAGCCAGCAAGAGAAAGGCAGGGCUCAGGAACAAGCAGAACAAUGACUCAUUUACAGGCUGGUCUCUCUCCUGAGACGCUGGAGAAAGCCCGCCUGGAGCUCAAUGAGAACCCAGACACACUGCACCAGGACAUCCAGGAGGUGAGGGAUAUGGUCAUCACCAGGCCGGACAUUGGCUUUCUCCGCACAGAUGAUGCCUUCAUCUUACGCUUCUUGCGGGCCAGGAAGUUUCAUCACUUCGAGGCUUUCCGCCUCCUGGCCCAGUACUUUGAGUACCGGCAGCAGAACCUGGACAUGUUCAAAAGCUUCAAGGCCACUGAUCCAGGCAUCAAGCAGGCACUGAAGGAUGGCUUCCCUGGGGGCCUAGCCAAUCUGGACCACUAUGGCAGGAAGAUUCUAGUCCUUUUCGCUGCCAACUGGGAUCAGAGCAGGUACACACUGGUGGAUAUUUUGCGUGCCAUCUUACUUUCUUUAGAAGCCAUGAUUGAAGAUCCUGAGCUUCAAGUGAAUGGAUUUGUUUUGAUCAUAGACUGGAGUAACUUCACCUUCAAGCAAGCCUCUAAACUUACACCAAGCAUGCUGCGCUUGGCUAUCGAAGGCCUUCAGGAUAGUUUCCCAGCACGAUUUGGAGGAAUUCAUUUUGUCAACCAACCAUGGUAUAUCCAUGCCCUGUAUACCGUGAUCCGGCCUUUCCUGAAAGAGAAGACUCGGAAAAGGAUAUUUUUGCACGGUAACAACCUGAACAGUCUACACCAACUAAUUCAUCCUGAGAUUUUGCCCUCUGAGUUUGGAGGAAUGCUCCCCCCUUAUGAUAUGGGAACCUGGGCAAGAACACUGCUAGACCACGAGUAUGAUGACGACAGUGAAUACAAUGUGGACUCCUACAGCAUGCCUGUGAAGGAGGUAGAGAAGGAACUCUCCCCCAAGUCCAUGAAGAGAUCCCAAUCAGUUGUGGAUCCUACAGUGCUAAAACGCAUGGAUAAAAACGAGGAAGAAAACAUGCAACCUUUGCUCUCUCUGGACUGAUAACUUCUCUACCCUCCCCAUGGAUUAGAAAUGGAAGGUACUUGUUUUCAGCACCAGGGCCAGCGCUGUGGAGGAAUUACCAGCUGGAAAUUUAUUGAUUCACGUUAAUGUAGCAUAAUAUAUGACAUCAGGCUUUCCCAUUUGCCUGAACCAUGGGUGCCCUGGUCUGGAUUUUUUUUAAAAAGUCAAUAAUUUAUUCUGUAAGUGCCAAGUUCUUUGUAAAUACAAUGUACUCUUCGCGUCAAGUUUGUAAAUUUUGGUAGUAACAAAUUGGGAGAUUGGCUUAUGAGUCUAUGCCAGUGAUAUGAACUAUAACAAGAACAGAAAAGACACAUAAACAAUUAAAGCUAAUUAAAUGUAGCCCUGUUUCCUAUGAAGCCAUAUUUCAGCUAUCAUAGUGAUUGUUUCGUUGUUUUCUCUGAAACUCUGUCAUACUCAAAUGUACAUUUAAUGGGCACAGGGAACUAGAUGAUUCUAGGAAAUUAUUAUGAUAAAUGCAUUAACUGUCUAGUGAUUUUCAGUUCACAGAAAACGUACCCUGGUGACUAUCACUGGCCUUGUAUUUGGGAGACAAGAAAUGGCAAGUGACCUGGUAAACUCAACACUUGAACUCUUCUAUGUUGUUUAAUUCCUGGAGUCUUGUGAAAAAAUAUGUUCCUCAAAUUAAGAUGUGGAAUUCUGAAAGAGAGUGGAUUCUUUUUAAACUGCUGUCUUCACAAUGUGUCCUUUAUUCCAGACCCCAUUUUAUCCCUGUCUGAUGUACUUUAAGAAACUUUUCCCCCCAAAACUCUUUGAACAAGAGAAAGAGAACUCAUACAUGAAUAGUAUUUGACAGCUAAUUUUGAACAUAAAAGUUGCCAAGUACCAAUAAGGGGCUAAUUUCUAAUUCUUGUGCACUGGUUGAAAAAAUAUAUAUAUUCUCACACACGUAUAUAUUUUUACUGAGCUCUAAUAAAUCCUCGAUGUGACAGGCUUACAAAGUAAAUCACACAUAUUCAAUGGUCUUA